CGGCAAGCGGAAGCGGGGACUCGCAGCCGCCGGAGCCGGAGGCAUGGCGGGGGCGGGGCUGGGGGAGGCGCGUGCCGAGCAGGCCGGGGGGUCCGUCUCCCCGGCCCUUUGAACCCGGAGCGUACAGAGAUGUGAUAAUGGAUCAUCAUGUUUCCACCAUCAAACCUCGAAGGAUCCAGAACCAAAAUGUCAUUCACCGCCUGGAACGCCGACGGAUCAGCUCGGGCAAGGCAGGCACCCACUGGCAUCAGGUCCGAGUAUUCCACCAGAAUGUCUUCCCCAACUUCACGGUCGUCAAUGUUGAAAAGCCUCCUUGUUUCUUGCGUAAAUUCUCACCUGAUGGACGCUACUUUAUUGCUUUCUCUUCAGACCAGACGUCUCUCGAGAUCUAUGAGUACCAGGGCUGCCAGGCAGCCGAGGACCUACUGCAGGGCUAUGAGGGGGAGAUCCUGUCCAACGGCAAUGACCAGCGGUCGGUCAGCAUCCGCGGCCGGCUCUUUGAACGCUUCUUCGUCCUGCUGCACAUCACCAACGUGGCCGCCAACGGUGAGCACCUGAACCGGGAGUGCAGCCUCUUCACUGACGACUGUCGCUGUGUCAUCGUGGGCUCAGCUGCCUACCUCCCGGAUGAGCCGCAUCCUCCUUUUUACGAGGUGUAUCGCAACAGUGAGUCCGUGACCCCCAACCCCCGGUCCCCUCUGGAGGACUAUUCCCUCCACAUCAUUGACCUUCACACCGGCCGCCUAUGUGAUACGCGCACCUUCAAGUGUGAUAAAGUGGUCCUGUCGCACAACCAAGGGCUGUACCUGUACAAAAACAUCCUGGCCAUCUUGUCAGUGCAGCAGCAGACCAUCCACGUCUUCCAGGUGACCCCUGAAGGCACUUUCAUUGACGUGAGGACCAUCGGCCGCUUCUGCUAUGAGGAUGACCUCCUCACCGUGUCAGCUGUCUUCCCUGAGGUGCAGCGGGACAGUCAGACGGGCAUGGCCAGUCCUUUCCGAGAUCCCUUCAUCAACUCCCUCAAACACCGGCUGCUGGUGUACUUGUGGCGCCGGGCGGAGCAGGACGGGAGUGCCAUGGCCAAGAGGCGCUUCUUCCAGUACUUUGACCAGCUGCGGCAGCUGCGCAUGUGGAAAAUGCAGCUUCUGGACGAAAACCAUCUGUUUAUCAAGUACACUAGUGAGGACGUGGUCACCCUGCGGGUCACGGAUCCAUCACAGGCAUCUUUCUUUGUGGUGUACAAUAUGGUGACAACAGAGGUGAUUGCAGUGUUUGAGAAUACAUCCGAUGAGCUUUUAGAGCUCUUUGAGAACUUCUGUGACCUCUUCCGUAACGCCACCCUGCACAGUGAAGUCCAGUUUCCCUGCUCAGCUUCUAGCAACAAUUUUGCAAGGCAGAUCCAGCGCCGGUUUAAAGACACUAUCGUAAACGCCAAGUACGGAGGGCACACGGAGGCAGUACGCCGGCUGCUGGGGCAGCUCCCCAUCAGUGCCCAGUCUUACAGCGGUAGCCCCUACCUUGAUUUGUCUCUCUUCAGCUACGACGACAAGUGGGUGUCCGUCAUGGAGCGACCCAAGACUUGUGGAGAUCACCCUAUCAGAGCAGCCACCAAGUGCUUUUUGGAACUAAGAGAGAAAGAUAACCACUGGCAAACGAAGUUUUACUGGCACACUGAAUUUCGUGGAAAAGGACCGCCUGUCAAACAACCAACAAGGCAAGUGAAGGAAGGGGAGACUGUCACAGGCCUCGGAAUAAAUGGAAGAAGUUGUAAUGCAACGAGAGGCCUUGUGUGACCAAUUCAUGCAAAGCACAGGACUAAUCAUUAAGGUGUGAACUGGUCAGAAACUUCCUGCUGACUCUGAGCAGAAGCCGGUUCACUUCCAGGGGCACGUGAUUCAAAAUAGAAAGAAAACGAAAACUAGAACCUAAGUCGAAUGAGAAAUACUAAUGACACUGGAUGUUCCUCAGUGUGCCCCUAAUACCUCUAAAUCCAAAAAAAAAAAAGGCCUAAAAUGCUCUUUGAAUAUGUAUAUGUUUUAAGGGUACUAGUAGGGUUUGUUUUAACUCCAUACGGUAAGACACACAGAGAUGGAAAUGACUGUCAUGAAGGAAGAAGUCUGUUUUACCUACACGUCUCUAGAAACGGGGCAGGGCAUAUCAGGCCCCAUGGGAAGGCAGCUGGGUCAAUCGGGAGGUCGAGGAGCCAGGGGAAAAUGUGGGUGAGAGCCUUUAUUGUGGUUUCUACAACAGGCAAGCCAGGCUGAGAAGGCUUGGGAUUGGCUAAUCUUGAGUAAUUUUGGUGAGCUCUGUGACAUAGGGGCUGACCCUAGUUGUCUGAUACCUGGCUCUGAGGUGAUUAGGGCAGCUGGAUAGUGGCCCAGAGUGUGAGAGCACCAUAUAGGAGGUGGUUGGGGCACUGGCUCCGGAUUGGUUGGUGUGCGUGUAACGGCACACUCCCAGGGAGUUGUUUGCUGUCUCUAGGAGUUAGCUGACCCUGGGAGGGGCAGUCCCUGUAAGGUCAGUGAGGUCUUAAUAGGUCAAAGCAUCAGAAAAUAAAAGGUACGGUUAAUACAGUACAAAAUGUCCUAAGUAUUAAGCGUCGUCAUGGUACGAUUAUCUAGGUUCCUUUGUUAGUGCCGCAUGGUUGGUAGCCUGCUUCCGGGAUGUCCCGCAGUGAUCCCGCCUCCUCGAUUCAUGCUCUUGGGUAGUUCCCUCCCACAUUGUAUCUGGGUUGGUCUGUGUGACCAAAACGACACAAGCAGAAGUGUGAGUGUGUCACUUUCAAGCCUCGGUUUAUAAACGGCAUCUUGGGGCCAGGCUUCUACAUCCACUCUACCCCCCGCUUCAACCGCUCACUCUGGGGGAGACCAGCUGUCCUGUCGUGAGGACAUUCGGACAGCCUUCUGGAGAGACCCGCUUGGCUUCUUGCUAAUAGCCAUGGGAGAGAGAUACCUUGGAAGCGGGUCCUCCAGCCUCAGUCAAGCCUGCGGAUGACUGCAGCCUCAUGAGAAACCCUGAGCAAGAACCACCCAGCCAAGCCACUUCCAGAUUCUUGACUCUCAGAAAGCCUGUGAGAUAAAUGUGGUUUUAAGCUGCUGAGUUUGGGGGGAGCAAUUUGCUAUGUAACAAUAUCUGAUGAACACACAUAAAUAAUGGCGUAUUUUGCAAUAUGACACCUUAUAUUUGAAAAAGGCCAUAUUACCCUCGUUUUAUAAAUAAGGAAACUAAUCUCCGAGACGCUAAAUGAUUUGCCCAUCAUUACUAGUUAAUAGCAGGUAAAACUAAUCCAGCCUGUGUCAGAAUUCACUUAAAGCCUGGAUUUAUAGAGAUCUAAACUGGGGUUUCACUGAUUACCAAUAACAUUCACAGGGAAUUCUUACAUUUCAGUGCCUCUGUAUCCACUGCCUCCCUUAGAGGGGGAUGGCCAAUAAGGAUAUUUUUGAUUAAGGUUGAAAAUCCACAUAUUUCUCCCUCUUCACACGAGUAUGUUGGUUGGCUUAUUUGUUCAUUUAUGUAUUAAAAAUGUUUUGAGGACCUACUAAGUGCCAGGAACUAGGAAUAUAAGAAUUCGUGUCAUAGCCCCAACCGUUUCUAGUCUGAAAAUGUUUCUGAAUACAGCCGUACCUCAGAGAUAGUGCCGGUUUGGUUCCCCAGCACUGCCGUAAAAUGGAUAUCACAAUAAAGCAAGUCAAAUGAAUGCUUUUGUUUCCCUGUGUGUAUAAAAGCUGUAUUUACACCAUGCAAUAGUCUGUUAAGUGUGCAGCAGCAUUAUGUCUAAAAAAAAAACAAUGCACAUACCUUGAUUUUAAAAAUGUCGCUAAAAAAUGCUGCCACCUGA